GCCGAUGCUGUCGAUUUCAAGAACCAUCGCCUGGAAAAAAAUCGAAAAAGCCACCUUAAACUCCCCGCUCACCCUUCGCUUCAGUUCAGUCUCCGUCUCUCUGGAGCCCUUCCCCUUUCGUCCCCACCGAGGCCACGUUACGUUCAUGGCGUUGACCUCCGCGGGCUCACCGGACGCCUUGGUCCUCGCGAGCGCAAUCACGGCAUCGGCCAGAGACGCCCUCGCCCACCGGAGGAACUGCGAGCAGCUCGCCGAGCACGUGGAGCUGGUACGGGCUUUGCUGGAGAAGGUGAGCGGUACGGACCUGGCGAGAGUGCCGGAGAUCCAAGACGGUCUGGGGGAGCUGGAGGAGGUUUUGGGAGAAGCGCUUGAGCUGGUGGAGAGUUGCAGAGAUAAGGGCUGCAUCUACAUGGUCGCCACAGGCUGGAACGCGGUGUACGAGUUCCGCCGCAUGCAGGCGGAGAUCGAUCGGCGCGUGAAGAACCCCACGUUGAUUUCGCUGGUGCAUGAGUUUCGCAUGGAGCAUUUGAAGCAAGCCUUGAGAGCCAUCGAAGACGAUCACAGAGAUUACACGCUGGACGAGUUAGACAUCGAGGCUCAGAGCGCGAUUCUGAACCCCGAUCGGACCAAUAGAGAUGCGGACACAUUGGAGAAGUUCCUGUAUCGAGUGUACCCCGACCUGCGAUUCGACGAAGCUCUCCAAGAGGAGCGAGACAAGCUCCAUGCCGAGUUGCAGCGGUUGCGAUCGAGGAACAACCCGAAGCAGUGUCGGGUGAUCGAGCAUCUCAUCGGCGUCACCGAGAACGUGACAAACACGUUGCCGAGCAAGAAGGUCACGAAGCUGCUUGUGAAUGAACCGGCAGUCGUCGUGUCUGGGUAUAUAAACAACGUAAAGUCCAUCACGGAGAGCUUAGGCUCAAAGUUUCAAGAUCAAGGCCAAGAUGACUGGCAGGCUGAUCUUUUUGGCUGCUGCAUGGAGCCCUGUUUGAGCUUCAAGACCUGCCUAUAUCCCUGUGGAAUGUUUGCAAAGAUCGCAAGCGUAGUGUCCAAAGGAGAAAUUUCUCCUGAACUCGCCGUGAACAAUGUAUUGGCAUUCUCUCUCAUCUGUGGUUGCUGCUGCUACACUUGCUGCGUCAGGAGGAGGCUGAGGGAGCUUUUCAACAUUCAGGGAAGCUUAUGUGAUGACUUCCUAACGCACCUGAUGUGUUGCUGCUGCGCAAUGGUUCAAGAAAGGCGCGAGCUUGAACUGAGAGGCUUCGAGGGGUGCCAGGGGAGAAAAAUGAUUCCUCCACCUUACCAAUUCAUGAAUCCUUGAACCGGCCAACUGGCGACUGAUAGUAGCAGACUAUCAGUACUUCGUUUUGUAUUACACUGCUACAUAGGUUAGUGCAUAGAGAGAGAGAGAAAGAGA